UUGGUGAGAAGUCUACAUCCUAUUGUGCGAGAUUUAAACACAUUCAUCGGGAAGGCAAUACCGGAUACGAAGUUGACGGUGAAAAAGUAUCUGGAUUCUAAGUUCGAAUAUUUGUCAUUCUGUUUAAAGCUAAAAGAGAUGGACGAUGAAGAGAUACAGGUGGCCAGCUAUGAUGAGUCGCUAUAUCGGGUGGAGACGGGAAACUACGAAUACAGGUUAAUGUUACGCUGUCGGCAAGAGAGUCGUCAGAAAUUCAUGAGGCUCCGGAAAGAUGUGAUGGAGAAGCUCGAACUACUCGACCAAAAACAUGGUCUCCCAUUUACCUCACUUGUUACCGAUCUUCAACUCACUAUUAUAAGUGCUUGUCUUUGCGCCAUUCAUUUGAGCCAGCUGCACUGAUA